AUGCGGGACGUCACCAAGGUGUACCAGAUGGGCGAGGUCCAGGUGCAUGCGCUCCGCGGCGUGAGCGUCGACCUGAAGGUCGGCGGGUUCACGGUCCUGCUCGGACCUUCGGGAAGCGGCAAAUCCACGCUGCUGAACAUCCUCGGGGGACUCGAUGUCCCCACCUCCGGGCAGGUGCUCUACCGGGGCCAGGAUCUCACCCGGGCGGACGAAGGGGAACUCACCCAGUACCGGCGGCGCCGGGUGGGGUUCGUGUUCCAGUUCUACAACCUGAUCCCCUCGCUCACCGCGCGCGAGAACGUGGAGCUCGUCACCGAGAUCUCCGAGGAUCCGCUCCCCGCACAGGAGGCCCUCGACAUCCAGCGGGUGGCCAUCGCGCGGGCCAUCGCCAAGCGGCCCGACAUCCUGCUGUGCGACGAACCGACGGGAGCGCUCGACAUCACCACCGGGAUCCAGGUGCUCGAAGCGCUCGAGCGGGUGAACCGCGAAUACGGCGCCACCACCGCGAUCAUCACCCACAACGCGGCGAUCGCGACGAUCGCCGACCGGGUCAUCUCGCUGGCCGACGGCCGGAUUUCCCAGCAGCGGGUCAACGGGACGCGGGCCGCCGCCUCGACCAUCGAGUGGUGA